CGCGCCUCUUCCUUGAAUAGAAACAGCACGCAUUGACGAGGAUACCCACUGACUCCGCUGUCUCUUCCAACUGAUCGCUUUUUCAAAAUGGCAGAGGAUGACGAUACCCCUGUCUUGUCGCACACGGACAGCGACAGCGACGGAAGCGAGGAUGAAUCCAGCGACGAGCCGGUCGUAGAAACACUUAUCGCGGGUCGAGAGCGACGAAAGACCGCGGGCAAUCGCUAUGACCGAGAUUUGCUCCUUGAGGAGGCCGCGGCAGCGGCGGAUGAGGACGCCGAUGAAGUUACGCUUCUAUUUGCGGACGCUGACGACGAAGAGGACGAUGAAUUCAAGAGCGAUGAAGAAGAUGAGGACGCGGACUUGUCAUCGAGCGACGACGACGACCAAGGCCCGAACGUUGCGCCCGAUGAUUUAGAAGGGGAGAAAGAAAUACAAAAACAUGCCAAAGAGGAGCGAGCGAAGAAGCGACGAGCAGAUCUCGCCCUUACGAGUGUGGCUGGCAUACGAAAGAAACUAAAGACCGAUCCUACACGGCCAGGUGGACUCUCAACGCAGGCGAAGCCGUCCAAGAAGAAAGAAAGGGUGACAUGGGUUCAUGAGCCGGAUUCAGGUCGCAGUUCGCUCCGAAAGCAGACGAUCGCCCAUCGCGCGGAAACGAUUGCCCGCCUGAAAGAAAGCGAGGCGCAAAGCAAGAAGCUAAAGGCGCUCAAGGAACAACGGGACAGAGAACGCGCAAAAGAUGCUCCGAAAGAACUUACUCAGGCCGAUCGUUUGGCUGAAGCCGCACGCGUUGAACGACAAAAUGCUACAAGUCUCAAUCGAUGGGAAGCCAUGGAGAAGAAGAGGCAGGAGGAGCAGGCUGCCAAGUUGGCCGCUCUGAAGGAUAGGAAGCUAGAAGGCCCUGUCAUAACCUGGUGGAGCGCCCGAGCCCAAUGGAUAGGGCCAAGGCUGCACAAGAUUGGCACCAAGGAUGCCGGUGAUGUGAUAGAGGGGGGCGUGGAGACGAAGAAACGUGGGAGAAAAUCCAAAGCGUUCCUGGAACAGCAGGCGGCGGCAAAAGAGGCCGAGGUCGGCGCGUUACAAUCACAGAAGGAGAAUUUAGAGCGGCCGCCAGAGUCGCAAACGCCGGCGGCAGCAACAACAGCAGGAGCACCAACAGACUCCCCAGCAACGGCAGUGCCAAUGGGACCACACCAGCAUGAGCCGCUAACGACACCACAUGCAGCGAAAGAGCCUUCUCAGGACACGGUACCAUUGAUAUCAGAUGAAGGAAAAGAACCUUCUAACACUACGGUAUCGACGACAUCGAAUGAAGUCAAAGAAUCUCCCACCGGCAUGUUGCCGGAUGCUGCGCCCCCAACAGGAGCGGUGCAGCCGCAAGACACGACUAUAACGACCACACAAGAACAAGAAGAUACAUUUUUAAAGGGUAUACAUGAGUACGCAACAUUAGGCAGUGAUAUUAAUCCCCCUGGGAAGGAGGUUGAAAGUUCUGCACCUCAAACUUGUGACUCAGAACAACAAGUGGAACCAAAACCGGAACCAAAAACGGAAGAAAACCCAGAAGAAAGACCGGAACAAAAAACGGAACAAAAAGCUGAAAAGCGGACAGAGUUGGAAGAUGUAUCGAAUAACAACUCGCUGCCGACGGUUGAGACGCAUGAGAACGGGAAGAAACCCCCCGAACCACUCUCGAAUGAUGCGAUGAAGCCAGAAAACUCCUCUCGCCAGUCCACAGAGCCCGCAAAGACAGAUGAACCUGCGCCGACGGUUCCUCCUGCUGCAGAACCCGUUUCAGCAGUCGAUGCUUCACCUGCUCCCGACACACCGUCCCUUGCAGUGAUUGCAUCCGAUCCAAAGCCACCAGUCGCUCAAAUAUCAUCAGAUGCAGCUGCAGCCUCAGCCUCAGCCUCAGAUAAGUCAGCAGAGCCUGUCCCUGUAGCGGUUCCUCAACCGGAACCAGAGCCGGAACCUUCAACAAGAAACCUCGUCAUAUUGGAGAAGUUCGAGGAGCUGGCAGAUGAGGCUCGGCAAGAAUAUUCCUUCUUCUUCAACACUCACACUCGCAGGGCAGCCAAACCUGCGAAACAGAAACAUACUCAAGAGCUGUGCCCCAUCACGGCUUUGCCCGUUCGAUACCGAGACCCGGAGACGGGGAUCGGGUAUGCCAAUGUCGUUGGAUACAAAAAGCUUCAAGAAUUGAAGCAACAUGGAUUUGCGUGGAGCAGCAUGCUAGGAUGCUAUGUUGGCCGUGACGGGGGAAUCAUUGCCCGUGGAGUGCCAGAAGGGUUUGCGGGUUCAAAAUGAGGCAGGUUGCCGUUGAUUGCCAAAAACAUGCGGAGGGUAUUACUUAGUAUCAGGGUCACUCGGUGGUCCGGGUACCCGCUAGUUAUAAACAAGGCUGUCGCGUGAUCAUGAUCAUGAUUAGUGGAUUAUUAUUAUCGAGGUCUGGCCAGCCCAUUACUCAAAUGCACUGCCGUAGACAGGCUGCCAUUUUCCUUCAUUAAUAAGGCUAAAAGGAAUGCAAAUGCAAGCGGCAUCUGAG